AAAGACCCAGCUUUACUCACCACCAGGAGCUACAAGGACUUCAAAGUUCCUGCUUUCACUACUCUUACUGACCUUUCGCCGCACUUUAACUUCAACCAUUUUAUAAGUAUGCAGCUUUUGGCCAGCCUAGUGUCUCUCUUGCUGGUGCUGUAUAGUGUCAGAGCAGCAGCUGUGCUUCCACUGGAGGAGAGGAACCCAGCACAAAGUAGGGAGUUGAGUAAAGAGCGUAAGGAGCUCAUCUUGAAGCUGAUCUCUGGGCUGCUGGAUGGAGUAGACAACAGCGUUCUGGCUGGAGAGAUAGCACCAGUCCCCUUGGAUGUGGAGGAGCCCCUGGAGUCCCGUCUGGAGGAACGGGCUGUCUACAACCGAUUAUCACAGCUACCGCAGCGUGACCGCAAAGCCCCCUGCAAAAACUUCUUCUGGAAGACCUUCACGUCGUGUUAACGGCGCAAGUCCUGCAACGAUCCUCGCUGAUACCUUGACAUGAACUGUGUAGACCUCCACUGUAAAUAAUACCAUCUCCAGUGUCUGAAGAAAGGUCUCCGUGGACUUACUCUGACACAGUCUGUUUGUUAAAGACAUUGAUGAUAUUUAUUUAUCUAUUUAUUUAUUGAUCGAUUAAGCUAUUUAUGGACCUUUGUUGUUUUUCCGCAUUAAAAAAAGAAUAAAGCAUGGUUAAGAUA